AUGUCUAAGCUCUUCAUCCACGGCCUUUCCUGGCACACAAACGAUGAGGCUUUGCGAGAAGGAUUUCAGCAGUUUGGUGAGAUCCAAGAGGCUAUCGUCGUGAAAGACCGCGCGACUUUGCGCAGUCGUGGAUUUGGCUUUGUUCGAUUUGCCAAUGAGGCUGAUGCAGAGGCCGCAAUGAAUGCGAUGAACAAUCAGGAAUUCGAUGGACGUACUAUUCGUGUUGACAAAGCCUUUGACCGACCCCAACGCCCCGAAGGUGGCUUCCAGGGUCGUGGUGGAUAUAAUUCGCAACCUCCAUCUGGAUACCAGGGCGGUGGUGGCUACAAUGCUGGCGGGUACAACAACGGCGGCUAUAACGGGGGUGGGUACAACCGUGGUUACAACAACAACAACAACAACACCAACAACAAUUACCCCCAAAGUGGUCCCGCCGGAUACGGCGGUGGUGGUCACGGUGGCUACGGCGGCGGCCCCAACACUGGAUAUGGCGGCGGCGGUGGGUGGCGCAACAACAACACGGAGCAAGCACCCCAAGACGGCCAUCAUGCUCAGUAG